UUCAAUUUUCUUCAGUGUCAAGGCCGCGUGCUGCUGAAUGAAUAAGAGGCGUGUCCCGCAGGGGCGGAGCUAUCUGCAGGUCACAUCAACAAAUUGCAAUGCGCACACAAAAGUUUUCAUUUCUGGAUUAACGACAAAGACAGACACGAGUCAACUUUUCCACUAUGAAGGCUUUAUCUUCACCAGAGUCUCCUCGACACAGGACCAUGAGAAGGGUGUCCAAACCUCUGAUGGAGAAACGCAGGCGGGAGCGGAUCAACCACAGUCUGGAGACAUUAAGGCUCCUGAUGCUGGAGAACACACACAAUGAGAAACUGAAGAAUCCAAAGGUGGAGAAGGCAGAGAUUCUGGAGAGUGUGGUCCAUUUCCUGAAGACAGACAAGGAGGUGGACAAGGGCCACCGGGCCAUGAAGAGAGUCCUCUCCAGGGAGCAGAGACAGACCAGUGUCCGCCAACACAACUACAACGACGGCAUGAGGUCCUGUCUGCUGAGGGUCAGCCACUUCAUAGCCAGCAAGAGCCAGGAGUUAGAGGAAACCGGUGGGGACUCGGUUCAGGCUUCUCUUGCGCUUCCCGAGCCCCAGACGCACCCUUCCACUCCCAGGCACACCCACGGGGCCCUGGUAUCCGCUCCUGAGGGUGUCUCCGGUGCUCGGUCUCCUCAGCAUCUGUCCCACCAGCACGGGAUCUCUCGUGCCUACCUCACCCAGGUGACCGGCCUCCACUGUGACUCCAGGGAGCUGUUCUCCUCCAGGGCCGCCUGCACGAACUUCACCGACCCCGUGUGGAGGCCCUGGCCCCAGUGACAGACACUUUGACAACAGAUUUUAUUUUACAUAUAGAUGCCGACAGACUGUAAAUAUGUAUUUUAUUGUACAGCUUGAUUCGCAGACGCAUUAUUUUUUUUCCUGUCUCUUUUUUAAAAGUUGUGCAAAG